AUGAUGGCCCUCUCAACCGGGGUGCCCGGUUCAUCUCUUUCGGAGUUAUACCUAGAGUGCAUACAGUCAUUUGGAGAAUUCCUUCUCGCCCUCAGCGGGAAGGACUGUCGUGUUAUUUGUCUUGAGCAGGUUCGCCUUUCCGAGCUACUGGAAGCGUACGGAAGGACCAAGGUCUGGGGCGAUCAGACUAAAGCAGAACUACCGGCAGGAGCGCGUGGGUCUUUAGACGAUACCCUCCGGCACGAUGUUGAGCUCAAAUAUUUGGUGCAGGCCAUUCUCAUGCGACUAAGAGCACUCCUCAAACAAGGCAAGUCGUAUAGUGUCAGCGCCGACUCUGAUUCUGGUUCGAACGACGAUGGCGAACACCAACACUAUAGGAUGCCAAAGAUUCGUCUGCUUGUCCAGCAGACGCUGGAGCAGAUCCGAUCGCUUUACGACAUGUCUGCUUUGCUACGGCGCCCUAAGAUUGCAGACAAAUAUAUCCGCUCUGUUAACUCAAGAUCGCAUAUAGCCACAUUGAACAAGCCUGACCACUUGCCACUAAGUGUCGGGUUCAGCAGAUCUGAUGAAGCCCACAUAGUGGAGAAGGUGCUGCAAUGGCGCGGCUUGACUAAGAGCGCGUGGGGUAUCGAUUUUAAGGUUGAGAUCGUUGCUCCGAUAGGACAAGGGUUGACAAAUAAUUCGGUUGAAGACAUUUUGUGGUUUUGCCAACGGCUUGCAGCAGCGAACACAAGGCGACGUGAACAAUUUCAAUACUGGAGGGAUCAUCCAUAUGACCACAGGCAAGACACUACCAACGCAGCCCGACUUGCAACACCAGAUCUAGCCCAGUCUCGUGUCAAACAAGUUGAAGAAAAACAGGAACAACAAAACCGAGCGCUGACCUUUAAGCCUUCCAUUCCCGAUGUCCCACGUGGAGGGCCCAGGUCAGCUGUGUCGAAACAAAGUUUUUCUACUGCUGCUGUUUCAGACAUUCACGAUACGAAGACCAACGUACGUCCGCGGACUGUGUACGCACCCACAGCCUUCGGCCAAGACCGUUCCAAUUCUGUGCCAGAUCCCCCUAAGAUAGAAAUUGGAACCACUUUCUCAUGUCCGUACUGUGGGAUGACUCUCGAGUCUAGCGAGAUGAAAAACAGGCAGUCAUGGAAGCGUCAUGUAUUUCGCGAUCUCCGUCCCUACGUCUGCACAUUCGAGGACUGCCAGAACGGUGGGAAGCUGUACGUCAGCCGCCACGACUGGAUGCAUCAUGAGCUUCAAAUUCACCGGCGCAACUACGCCUGCAAAAUAUGCCAGAAGAUGUGUUCCAGCAGACAGGAAAUGUCGGUGCACCUUCGAGAACAUUAUGAUGAAUCAAUUCCCCCAAAUCAGCUGGGCGUCAUUCUGGAUCUCUGCAAUCGCCAGGUAGAUAUCUUAGAAUACGAAAAACACUCAUGCCUGGUCUGUGGAGAUGAACUCUUAUUGUCGGCAUUGCAGGGACACCUUGCCGCUCACAUGGAGGACAUCGCCCUCUUCGUAUUGCCCAAUACCAAUGAAGAGGAGGAUAUUGGAGAUUCGAAGGCCUCGGUGCGUGUGGCGAAACUAGAGUCUAAAGGCAAAACCAGUGGCACCAAGUCAGACGCAAGCAGCCUUGGCUAUUCUGCAGCCGGAGACUAUAGGCAAAUUUCGACCGAUUUCUUAAAGCUUCUCACGAGCGAAGAAGCGGGAUAUACUUCGAAAUUUUUGGCUUGGAGAACAAUAGACGACGAUCUAAAAUCGGCACCGGUCAAACAAAUGAUGGAGACUCGCAAAACGAAGCUCGGUGCGGACCAUCCCGACACCCUGACCAGCAUGGUCAACCUAGCGUCGACGUAUAGCAACCAGGGCCGGUGGGAAGAGGCCGAAGCCAUGCACUGGCGGGCGUUACAAGCCCGAGAGAAGGUGCUAGGGCUCGAACAUCCAGACACGCUCGCCAGCGUCAGCAACCUUGGUUCAGUUCUUGAUAGCCAGGGCAAGUACGAAGAGGCUGAAGCCAUACACCGGCGCGCGUUACAAGCCCGAGAGAAGGUGCUAGGGCUCGAACAUCUAGACACGCUCACCAGCAUCAGCAACUUUGGUUCAGUCCUUUAUAGCCAGGGCAAGUACGAAGAGGCCGAAGCCAUACACCGGCGCGCGUUACAAGCCCGAGAGAAGGUGCUAGGGCUCGAACAUCCAGACACGCUCGCCAGCGUCAGCAACCUUGGUUUAGUACUUUUCCGGCAGGGCAAGUACGAAGAGGCCGAAGCCAUACACCGGCGCGCGUUACAAGCCCGAGAGAAGGUGCUAGGGCUCGAACAUCUAGACACGCUCACCAGCAUCAGCAACUUUGGUUCAGUCCUUUAUAGCCAGGGCAAGUACGAAGAGGCGGAAGCCAUGCACCGGCGCGCGUUACAAGCCCGAGAGAAGGUGCUAGGGCUCGAACAUCUAGACACGCUCACCAGCAUCAGCAACUUUGGUUCAGUCCUUUAUAGCCAGGGCAAGUACGAAGAGGCCGAAGCCAUGCACCGGCGCGCGUUACAAGCCCGAGAGAAGGUGCUAGGGCUCGAACAUCUAGACACGCUCACUAGCAUCAGCAACUUUGGUUCAGUCCUUAAUAGCCAGGGCAAGUACGAAGAGGCCGAAGCGAUGCACCGGCGGGCGUUACAGGGAUAUAAGGAUGUGCUAGGGCUCGAACAUCCGUACACGCUCACCAGUAUCAGCAACCUUGGUUCGGUCCUUGAUAGCCAGGGUAAGUACGAAGAGGCCGAAGCUAUGCACCGGCGAGAUUUAGAAGGGUCAGAGAAGGUGCUAGGGCUCGAACACCCAGACACGCUCACCAGCGUCAGCAACCUUAGUUCAGUUCUUGAUAGCCAGGGCAAGUACGAAGAGGCUGAAGCCAUACACCGGCGCGCGUUACAAGCCCGAGAGAAGGUGCUUAGGUCAGAACACCCAGACACGCUCGCCACCGUCAGCAACCUUGGUUCAGUUCUUGAUAGCCAGGGCAAGUACGAAGAGGCUGAAGCCAUGCACUGGCGCAAUGCAUAG